AUGCCUUCCGAUCCUAAGCAUCGGACGUGUUUGUAUUGUGACAAAUCCUACCAUCGACAGGGAUUCAAAACGCACGAAAAUGCUUGCCAGAAGCGAUCCGAGCAAAAUAGAGAGGAUGUCGAGCUUGCGAGGCGUAUUCGACAAGUAUACCAUUUCGAAGACUACAAGUGUGGCCCUGGUGCCUCAACAGUACCUCCGGAAGCAGAUCCUGAGCCCUGGCGCCCUUUUCGCACUUGUAUUGACUUUGAAGUGGCAGAACUUGCCCAUGAAGCUGCACUCACUCACAAACAAACAGACCGGCUCAUUGGACUUAUACAUCACAGCAAAUACGAGUUGUGCAGCCUCGUUCAAAUUGACUCCCGUUUGUAUCCAAUUGCUUUGAGUUUCACCAAGGAAGAGGUGAUUGCGCCCUUCCAAGGUGUUGAUCAGACAUUUCUGUUUUUUCACCACUCACUAUGGGACUGGGCUGUGGACCUACUUCAAGAUCGUGAAGUUGGUCUGCACUUUGUCUUUGAUGCCCAACAGCUUUCGAAGUUCAAUGGUGAGAAAUUUGUUCGAUUCAUUCAUGAGCCUUGGACUGCCAGCACAUUCUGGGAAUAUCAAUCGAAAAUACCACCAGAUGCCAAACCACUUGCCUUUAUCCUGUACGCAGACAAGGCCAAAUUAUCGUCAUUUGGUCGCGUGAAAGGGUAUCCCGUAGUCACUCGGUGCACUAAUCUUCCUGCCAUAAUUCGUAAUGGCGAAGGUUUGGGUGGCGGGCGUGUUGUUGGUUGGCUGCCCAUUGUAAAGGAGGACAAGAAACAUUCUGGAAAGCCAGCCUUCAUUAACUUCAAAAACACAGUAUGGCAUACAUCAUUUUUGAAGCUGCUCGCCUGUCUUGCACCGCUGUCGAAGCUCAGUUCUCCCAUCAAAUGUUGGGAUGAUAUUGUCCGUCUGUUCUACCCAAUCAUACUGAUACUAUCUGCUGACUACGAAGAACAGGUUGUGAUGGCAUUGAUUCGGGGUCUGAUGGGAAAGUUUCCCUGCCCUAUCUGCCUCAUGCCUCGUGAGGAGCUCUCCAAGACAUACAACGUGUACCGGCUUUGCACAUCCAUAGACGCAAAGGCAGAGCAGAUAUUAAGCUCUGAGAGCCUCCGUGACGUCGAUAAUUCAUUUGACACCAUCGACCACACUGACGUGCACCGCACUCUAUCAUUCGACAAACUUCACUUUAAUGACGAGGGAAUGUUCGAUCACCUGUGGAUGGAACUGCAAAAAUGGAUUGCUAGUUCUGGUCGACAAGCGGCUGUGCUGAUCGACAGUUUGCAAAUUUCCAGUUUUGAGUCGUUUCCACGUUGGCAAAAUCUGAACCAUUUUGACCAGGUGGUAUCAGUAUCCUUUUCUGACGGAACUAAAUACAAAGAUAUAUCAAAGCUCAUCGUUUUCGCAGUGCAUAAUGUAUUUAAGCACGAUCUGGAUCCACAGGCCUAUCUCCUGCUUCGCUGUCUUCAGAGCUAUGUGGAAUUCAAUACAUGUGCCUCGUUAGAGGUUCAUACCAAAGACACAAUCAAGGAUGGCCGAAAUGCAUUGUCGGAGCUCACUGAAUUGAUGGAUACAUACAUCGAAGAUACAGCAGACCUCUCAGAGAAGUCAUGGAAUUUUCCCAAGAAACACCUUUCUGCUCAUGUCUUCGACGACAUCAAGGCAAAAGGUGUCAUGCGAAACUACAACACGAAGCCGAACGAAAAGAUGCACGGCCCGCUGAAGAAUGCCUAUCAGGAUCGUACGAACUUCAAGAAUUUCGCUGAACAGAUUCUUCGAUACAACCACGACAGCCUGGUUGCAGAAUACAUUCGCAGCAAGAUGGACUCCCUCAACACACAGAAUAUCGGCUCGUCAGAUCUACCUGAUCUGUCGGAGGCCAAUGAGGUCGAACAGACCAAACCAACUGAUGCACAGCAUUUUACUCUUGGUUCACGGCAGGCGACUAUAUCAUUCGCAGACAUUGAAGCAGGUCACGCGGGCAAUCCAGCCUUUGAUCGAUUCCGGAUCAAAUUGAAUGAAUUUUUGAACCGCACAUUCACUGCCAACAACAUACCAUUUCCCAGUGGAAGACGUGUCCAACUUGCUGCUGGUGAUAUGAUUACCGAGUUUAGAUUCAUUAAAGUCAACUAUGAGUCACUCGUUGACUGGCGAGUCUCCAUGGACUAUCUCCGAUGCAAUCCAAUGUUUCAUGGAUUGCCUCGGUAUGAUUGUGUUAUCCUGCAGACGGAAGCUGGUGCCAUCUUCACCAAGCUCUUGUUAAUCUUCACCUGCACAGUUGGGGACGUCCAAUAUCCCAUCGCACUCACUCUCCCGUAUGAUCAACCGGUUGGUGCUCGUCCGCGGAAGGAUAAACACUUCAAAUUUUGGUGGGUCAAGGCAAAGCCCAGGGCUUCUGCUGAAUGCUUCUCGGUUCAAUCAAUAGUCCGUGGUUGUGUAUUAGCAGAGGAUAGCACCAGACCAAACGAGUUUUUGGUUGUCGACACGAUUGACACAGACAUGUUCCUUUGGAUGAAGGAAAUUCGUACGGAGGCUGGUUAUUAG